AUGAACACCACCAACGAUAGUUACAUUUCAGAUCCAUCCAGUGUUGAUGAGAACGCAGAAAGUCUCGUCUAUCAAGUCAGCCUGGCUGUGAUCCUCUCGAUUAUAACACUCGCCACCACUUUGUCCAAUGCCUUCGUCAUUGCAACAAUUUCCCAGUCGAAGAAACUCCAAACUCCUGCGAACUUUCUGAUUGCCUCCCUGGCCGUCACAGACCUGCUGGUGUCUAUUCUGGUCAUGCCCAUCUGCGUGCUGUACACGGUGAUCCACACCUGGACGCUCGGGCAAAUAGUCUGUGACAUCUGGCUGUCCUCGGACAUAACGUGCUGCACCGCGUCCAUCCUUCACCUGUGCGUAAUCGCUUUGGAUAGGUACUGGGCCAUCACGGACGCGGUGGAGUACUCCAAGAAGCGCACGCCUGCGCGCGCGGCAGGGAUGGUGGCCACGGUGUGGGUCAUCGCCAUCUCCAUCUCCCUGCCGCCUCUGUUCUGGAGGCAGGUGAAAGCGGAGGAGCUGACCAACUGCAGCGUCAACACGGACCACAUCUUUUACACCAUCUACUCCACUUUCGGGGCUUUCUACAUCCCCACGCUGCUCCUCAUCGUCCUGUACGGGCGGAUAUACGUGGAGGCGCGCAAACGGAUCCUGAAGCAAUCCCCGAAGAGGGUUGGCAAAAGACUCACCUCUGCGCACUUGGUGACCAACUCCCCUCAGUCCGUGGCGUCCACCACCUCUCUGCAGUACGGGAGACACGACACCCCGUCCAGCGACACCGGCUCUUCAACGAGCGAGAACCUGGUGAAAGUAACCGUGUCCGACGCACUGUUGGAGAAAAAGCGGAUUUCGGCAGCCAGGGAAAGAAAAGCAACGAAGACUUUGGGGAUAAUCCUCGGCGCGUACAUCGUUUGCUGGCUUCCAUUUUUCAUUUACACGUUGCUGGUGGCAACAUGUGACACCUGUUUUAAUCCCGAAUUGUUCGACUUUUUCACCUGGUUGGGAUAUCUAAAUUCUCUCAUUAACCCGAUAAUAUACACCAUGUCCAAUGAAGACUUCAAAAAAGCUUUUCAGAAACUUAUGCGCUUUAAAUGCUGCAGAUCUUGA